UCGCCGCCGCCGCUGCUGCCGCCGCCGUCGCCACCGCUGCUGCACUGACGGCGGGUGCUCGCGCCUCAGAGUUACUGAUUUAUUCUUGAGAUUCCCCUGUUCUCAUCUGUCCUCAUGGAUGAACUUCAGGAUGUUCAACUCACAGAGAUCAAACCACUUCUAAAUGAUAAGAAUGGUACACGAAACUUCCAGGACUUUGACUGUCAGGAACAUGAUGUAGAAACAACUCAUGGUAUGGUCCACGUCACAAUAAGAGGCUUACCAAAGGGAAACAGACCAGUUAUACUGACAUAUCAUGACAUUGGCCUCAACCAUAAAUCCUGUUUCAAUGCGUUCUUUAACUUUGAGGAUAUGCAAGAGAUCACCCAGCACUUUGCUGUCUGUCAUGUGGAUGCCCCAGGCCAGCAGGAAGGUGCCCCCCCUUUCCCAACAGGGUACCAGUAUCCCACAAUGGAUGAGCUUGCUGAAAUGCUGCCUUCUGUCCUUACCCACUUAAGUCUGAAAAGCAUUAUUGGGAUUGGAGUGGGAGCUGGAGCUUACAUCCUUAGCAGAUUUGCACUCAGUCACCCAGAGCUUGUGGAAGGCCUUGUGCUCAUUAACGUUGACCCUUGUGCUAAAGGCUGGAUUGACUGGGCAGCUUCCAAAAUCUCAGGCUUGACAACAAAUGUUGUGGACAUUAUCUUGGCUCAUCACUUUGGGCAGGAAGAGUUGCAGGCCAACCUGGACCUGAUUCAAACCUACAGACUGCAUAUUGCCCAAGAUAUCAACCAAGAAAACCUGCAGCACUUCCUAAGUUCCUAUAAUGGACGCAGAGACCUGGAGAUUGAAAGACCCAUUCUAGGCCAAAAUGAUAAUAAAUUAAAAACAUUAAAGUGUUCAACUUUACUGGUGGUAGGGGACAGUUCACCUGCAGUCGAGGCUGUGGUUGAAUGCAAUUCCCGCCUGAACCCUAUAAAUACAACUUUGCUAAAGAUGGCAGACUGUGGGGGACUGCCUCAAGUAGUUCAGCCCGGGAAGCUCACCGAGGCCUUCAAAUACUUUUUACAGGGAAUGGGCUACAUACCGUAUGUGCAGCUCAGUCAUCUGAGCACCGAGUCAGUACCAUCUGCCAGCAUGACCCGGCUCGCCCGAUCACGAACCCAUUCAACCUCAAGUAGCAUUGGCUCUGGAGAAAGUCCUUUCAGCCGGUCUGUCACCAGCACUCAGUCAGAUGGAACUCAAGAAUCCUGUGAGUCCCCCGAUGUCCUGGAAAGACACCAGACCAUGGAGGUGUCCUGCUAAGCAGAUGCUCCUCCCCCGGACCAUGCAAGUCCAUCCUUCUUCAGAUGACCACUCCAUAAUAUAACAUUUCAUCCAGUAAACUGGCCUCUACUAUCUUUAACUCAUGCAUGGCCACUGAACCUCUCUCUAGUAGCCUGGAUUUACCAUUUUCUGCCUGCCCACCCCAUGUUUUGUAUAUACUAAGAACCAUACCCAUGACAUUACUGUAACAUUCCAACAUCUUCAGCUGAUCCAAUCUCCAUAUCUUCUCUUGCCAGCUUUUUCCUGUGCUCCCCCAACUAUGUAUCAGAUAAGAUCUUUGAUCCCAACUCUGUGUGUGUGAGCACGCCUGUCUGUGUUUGUGUGUGCAUAGUUCUGUGAUUUUAGACAUGCUUUCAUGUAGUGCUUCUUCAAAAAACAAAAAAGGGACUUUUUUGCAUUCUCAAUGUUUUUAAGGGAAACGUGCAGAACAGAUUUCUAGGUUGGGUAGGCCACUGCAUUCUCUUUUGGUUCCAAAUUGGUCGACAUGAUUUGCAAAAUGACUUUAGGAGAGAGCUGCUCCAAAGAAUGUAAAAGAUGACUGUUGGGACCAUUGAGUGUGACCAAGAGGAGAUAGUCAAGGUGCCUGUUCAAAGGGAGACAGGCAGAGUGGCCAUCCACCCCCUGUGCAAAUGAAUUCACAUACUCCAUAAAGGGAGGUAUACAUUCUACUAGAAGCCCAUGAACAAUGAGGUUCUGAUACAACAGAAUUUUUUCAAAGGAGUGAAUGUGGCUUAAUUACUGGACUCUCUAGCACAGGAAUAUAGAAAAAUAUUCCAGAUCUCAGCUCUGCAAGAGCAAAACUGCUGUUGUUGCAGUGUCUAAUACCACUUAGCAGACAUCUGUAAAUCCUCAAGAAGUGCCUCCCAGGUCUGUAACAGGGAGAGUGAAGUAUAACCUUGAUUUCAGCAGACUUAAUGGAAGCUAAAUUUAAUGUAGAACCCAGUUCGCAGAAAGAUUCUUUUUUUCUUUUUGAGACAGAGUCUCACUUUGUCACCCUCGGUAGAGUGCUGUGGUGUCACAGCUCACAGCAACCUCCAACUCUUGGGCUUAAGCAAUUCUUUUGCCUCAGCCUCCCAAGUAACUGGGAUUACAGGUGCCCACCACAACGCCCAGCUUUUUGUUGUUGUUGUUGUUGUUGCAGUUGUCAUUGUGGUUUUAGCUGGCCAGGGCUGGGUUCAAACCCACCACCCUCGGUACAUGGGGCCUGCACCCUACCCACUGAGCCACAGGCACCAUCCUUCAGAAAGAUUCUUAAUCCUAUGAGCUCCCUUUGGUAGGAGGGAAAGGGCCAAUCUGUCAGGGCAGCCCUGUCCAAAUAAAAUUGUUUUAAGCUUCCUGUCUACUGUUAGGUGAAGGGUCACAGCCAACCAGAGAGUAUAGCUGGAGGAGGAUGAAAGACCACGGAGACCAACUGCCACACAGCAAGAGCCCAGUUCUUGGAAGCAUUGCAAUGUAAGCUCAGGGUUAUACAGUUCCAAAUCUUGGGAAGGGGCUUUUCAGACACAUUGUUUGCUUUCUGCUGAGAUAAGGAAUGCAUCACUCUGCCAGAAUAUGACUUUUUACAGAUUAUUAAAUAAAGCUGUAUAUGUCUCAUUGUUA